AUGGCCCGCGCGAGAGUCAAAGUCGAGCACCACCUUACCACUCGGCCAUUCAUUCGACCAAUCUUGCCACCAGAUAGACAAGAUAUCGUCCCGCAUGAUUCUGAAAUGGCAAAUCCCAUCACGCCGCCAUGGGCAGGUGAGAGUUCUCACGCCACCACCACGGCCAUGCCUUCACCUGCGCUGUUCAUCUUGGCCCUGCUACCGUUUACACGGGCUCUGCAGAUCAACAGCCCAGGUCAUCCUGCGACGGGCUCCGACGUGACGGUGACCUGGAGCCAUGUGGACGCCGACCCGGCCAAGUUCGACUUGUACCUUUGGAACGGCGCCGUGCAGAAUCCUGCUGUCAAUAAGCUUCUUGUUUCUGGUGUUCCUGUAGCCGCUGGUGCCGUGCGCGUGUCGAUUCCCUGCGGUAUUCCUUCCAGCGGCGCGUACCAGCUGUGA